UUUAAUAUGGCGGCAAAUUUGUGAACAGAUCAAAUCAAAUCGCAUGAAAUCGAUAGCGUCCAAUAAGGCCCCUUCAUUUCUUAUUAUUUGUGUCUACUCACGUCUACGUCCGUGGAGCUUCCUUUGGCACUGCUGUUGUAGGCAACCCGCAGACACUGCUGGAGCUGUGCAAACGGCAUUACCACCUGCAGCCUGAGCACUGACCUGUACUCCUGUUAUUAAAUGGGGACUCCACAAGAAAAGCAACUCUCAACGGCUUAUAAAACAGUUCGACGCAAAUUUGUUCAUUCCAUUCUCAGAUGGUCAGCAGACGACUCUGCAAAGGAGGAGGUUAAAUUACCAAACCCUCCAGAUGUGGGUGACCUUGUGAAUAUACUGCGUUCAAUAGGCUUCAAACUUAGACACUUUGACAAAUGUGAACACAGAACGCAGUAUUCCAUGUCUACAUCUACCAGCAGUUUGAACUCGGUUGCUGAUGGCUUUAAGAACGCAGAAUGCAGAGUGGAAAUUACAUGCGGUCAUUCUGGAUUACGAGCCAUUCUUGAAUCUGUAGUAGGAGAAUGCCGAUGUCCUCCUAUAGAAAGUGCUACCCAGGCAGAAUUCUGGCAAAUUAGUGGCAGUGCUCCAGUUGCUCAGGGCAGUCAGGAGUCCAUAAGUAGUGUGCAGGAAGCUGGGAGCUCUCUUGUGCCUCCAUUAGCACCAGAAGUGGCUGCAGUUGUCAAGGAUGUCAUGAUCAGAGUGCUGCAUAUCACAUCAGAUCCUGGUAUCGGAGAACUAGAUACUUCAAGGCAUUCCCUGCCUGGAAACACACAACCAUAUCUUUCACAUCAUCGAUCUCUUGACAUUCUUCCACUAACGAGUUCAUCCACUUCAAAGCAGUUUGGAUCCACGACUGUAACUGUGGAAAUUUCUGAGCAAGAUAACAAGAAUGUGCUUCCUCGGACAGUAUCCAAUAUGGAAUUGUCAACAUGCUCUGUAAGCCCUGUCUCUAGGAGUGACAGCACAGGAGAUUUAAUGAAACUUCAUGAAACAUGGGACACGACAACUCAUAGACAAUCUUCCAGCCCCACCAGCAUCCUGUCUGGAUCCCUUGAGAGAAUGAGUUUGACUGAAAAACAUGGUAUCUUUUGUCGUUUGGAAUUUGCAAAGCGCAGUAUCAACGAGGCCAUGUCAAUGUUGAAAGUGCAGCCACUGCCUGUAGAUACCACCUGUAAGAAGGUGAGGGUAGACAACACUUCAACUCCAUCUUCACAAGCAAAGAAAAGUGGACUAAAGAAAAUAUCUGUAACUCCAGGAACCAUAAGGAAAUCACCUGUAACUCCAGGAACCAUAAGGAAAUCACCUGUAACUCCAGGAACCAUAAAGAAAUCACCUGGAACUCCAGGAAUCAUAAAGAAAAUGCCUGGCACUACGGGACAUGUAAAGAAAACAUCUGGCUCUUCAGGAUCUAUAAAGAAAAUAUCUGGAACUCUAGGAACCACAAAAAGAACAUCUUCAAUUCCAGGACCUAGCAGUUCAGUGACUCAAUCUAGAGCAUCUGCUGAAUCUUUGCUAUCAGAGAGAGCUGAACCUCCACUUCCUCGUAAUAGAAAGUUGUCUGCUACUUUAUCAAGACCAAGGAUGACGCCAUCUCCCCAACAAACAUAUAAGUUAGUAUCUUCCGGAUCUGUGUCAAAUUCUCAGAAACUUGAUGUGCCUUCUGGUGAUGCAACUGUUCACACACCAAGCAGUGCUGGAACUAACAUUAGCACAGGUUCAUCAUCAUCUGCUUCAUCAGCUUCUUCUACAAAAGCUCGUAAAUUGAUAAAUGCUGUAAGAAGGGUUUCACGUAUAUCUUCAUCUGGAGGCACUCCCAAUUCUAAAUUCCCACAAAAGGAAAAUAAUUAGACCACCUUGGCUGGCUACUGAUCUACAGACACAAGUACAGACUGUAAAAGUAUUUACAUUAAGCAGUUCGUCACCUUAAAAAUGCAUACUGAUUAGCAUGAAUCCUAUUUUUCCACAUCAAUAUGACAUAUUUAAACAUGCAUCAUGAUAUUUACAAAAUGUCGGUACUGUGGAACCUCAAGAAAAUACUACUGGAACUCCUAGUAACAAAAACCUCAGAUAACAACAAUAAACAAACUAUAUCACAAUUUAUGAAGAACAAUGAAAACUAAAGAAAUUCAAUUGUAAACAUUUUUCUGUUGCUCUUUAGCAUUUCCUGAAGGAAUGUUCAAGCUUUCAUUUCAUUUCAAAAUGACAGCAGUAGCAUCAGUGUAUCUUAAACUUCUAGUGUGAAGAAUAGUAUCAAUUUAAUACAAUUUACAAUAUUUACUGUUCCCAAUAUUCAUAUCUUGCAGAGACUUGUUUUCCUUCUUAUAAUGAGUACUUUGUAUUUAGGCAUAAACAGCUGCAAGUAUAACUUCAGACCAUAUCUUUGAUAUAUUCCAUAACUUGUCCUUUUAUUUUAAAACCAUUUCUGUAACUUCUUUAGUACACAAAUGAAUACGUAUGGACUAACAAACUUGUUUAAUAUUCUGCAUGAUUAUAGAUCAUACUAUGUGUCAUGGAAUGAUAAGUCAAAGAUGCUCUGAAGAUCACAGAAUUAUUUUUGACUAGAAAAUUAUUACAGUAAUCUGUUUACACAACAAUUUUUAGUUAUUCAUACCUACCAAUAGAACCCCAAAACUUCUCUUGGUUCUGGGCAAAUAAGGAAAUAAAUUAACCAAUUGUUACAUCCUUGUAGCAUUAUUACCUUAUUGAUAAAACAGUAACAUUUUAGCAUGUACUUAAAAAAGUUAUAUUAAAAGAAAUGUAAACAUGUUAUUUAUUUAAAAACUUUUUAAUCUACUUCAAAAAUCUUGUAAGAAACUGAUUUAAGUGUUCAUAGAUUCAAGUGAGUGCAUCUUAAUAAAAUUUGAUUUAACUUUG